AUGUUUAUUUAACAAUGUUAUUGGAUGAUAUGUCAAUAUGAUUUUAUCAUUCAAAUCAUAUAUUUAUAUUUUGAUUUAUGAUAAGAUUGUUUUUUUAAUUUAACUCUUUGUUGAAAUAACAGCGCUGUGUUACUCGCGGAUUGUCAGCGACACCAAAUUAUUUUGUUUUUUAUUAUUGUGAUUUUUUAAAGAUCAAAUCAAUAAAGAAUCAUUGAGAUUGAUUAAUUAUUAACAAGAGAAAUAAAUUUAUUACAGUUGUGCUUUUGUUGUUGUUAAAGCAAGUCAAGUUAUUUAUUUUUAAUUUUUAUUUCUUUUAUCAAUAAUUUUUAUAUUGAGUAAAACAAUGAUUAUUUUAUCAUUUGGUAUAUUUUUAUUUUUUUUAACUGGAACAUGUUAUGGAAAUAUGAUCCAGUGUAAAGAUGAAACAGGAAAUAAUGUCGAUUGGUUUGUUAUGUAUAAAAUUCCAAAAAUAGCAGAAAGUGCUAAUCCAGUUAUACGAAAAGGUGUGGCAUAUAUGUUUAUGACAAAUAAUACCGUUAACGAUGGUUGGCAAUUAUCAAAAAGAGAUAUUUCAUCAGUAGAUUCAAUACCAGGAAAAACACUUGAGUCUUUGUACAAUGAUAAAGUUGCUGAAAAACUUGCCUGGUUAGUAUACAAUGAUCAGCCACCAAAUACAAAUUCUUCUCAUUCAAAAUAUGGACAUGCAAAAGGUGUUAUUAUGACAAAUGAAAAUCAAGGAUUUUGGCUAAUUCAUAGUGUACCAAGUUUUCCAUCAAUGCCUCGAACAGGUACUGAAAAAAAAAAAAAAAAUAAUACCAAAGAAAUUAUUCAAGAUUGUGAAAACAAAAAAAAAAAUACAACUGAUGAUUUACCAAUUGGUGAAUAUUCAUAUCCAAAUUCAGGAAAAGUAUAUGGACAAAGUUUUUUAUGUAUAUCUAUUAAUUCAAGUGAAAUUAAUUUCAUUGCAAAUCAAUUAAUAUAUAAUCAAAUAAUAACAUACAAACAUAAUAUUCCUGAUAAAUUAAAAGAAAAAUUUACGAGUUUAUUAAAUGUAACAACACGUCCAAAAAUUAAAAGACCACCUUAUAAUAAUAAGGGUGUAUUUGAAUCAACAGAAGGUGUCAAAUUUACAUCAUUUGCUAAAACAGAUAAAUGGCAAAAAGAUUUAUAUGAUGAUUUUGUUGCACCACAAUUACAAGUUGAUAUGCUCGCUGAAACAUGGCUAAAUGGCAGAGGAAAAUUACCCUCUGAGUGCAAUGGAACACAAGUACUUAAUGUUCAAUCCAUCAUAUUGAAUUCAGCCAAUGUGGAAUUCAAAAGCUCACGGGAUCAUUCAAAGUGGGCUGUUGCUAUGAAAAAUAUAAAAAAUAAAAGCUGGAUCUGCAUUGGUGACAUAAAUAGAGCUGAUACACAAUUCAAUCGUGGUGGUGGAACUGUCUGUUUAAACUCAUUGAAUUUAUGGAAAAAUUAUCGUGACUCAGUGAAUGACGUUGAAUCAUGUCCUAGAAAAAAAACUGGUUUUAUCAAAUCCAUCAAAAAGUGGUUCUCCAAAACAAUCGGAUAAAAUAAAAAUAAAAAAAAAAAACACAUAGUAUAAUUAAUUAAAAAAUUCAAGUAAAUAUUUUUUAUUUUUUGUAUUUAUUUUUUGUUAAAAAUUUUUCUUUUCAAUUAGAAGGAAUUAAAUUGUUUUUUUUUUUUUAUCGACAAAUCAAUUUGAUCGAGGAAGACUGAACUUAUUUUCUUGUAUUUAUUAUAAAUUAUUAAAUUUUUUUAUUUUCUUCUGUUUUUUUUUUUGGCACAAUACCUGGUGACCGAAAUUUUAAACCAAACUCAGUAAUGUUUUGUCUGGUUUUUUUCGUUUGUAUUUAUUAUUAUUCUAAUUUCUUUGUUUGUUUUUUUUUUUCGUAUUUAUUUUUCAUUACGGCACUCGGUGAUAUUGAAUUACCUUCUAUUGAAUUUAAUUUUUUAUUAUGUCGAGUUGAAAUUAAAAUUUAUAAAUUAU